UCAAGAAUAGGAGCACGUAAGUGCAGGGCCCAAGCGGUCCUGUGUGCAGUUUCACAAAUCGAGAUGAUCGGGGCGACCCGGCUCUUUCCGCUAACUCGACGAGGUUUCAGGAGAUACCCUCGACCUCGGGCGAGAACAUUUUUUUCAUCUACUUCUUCAACUUUGUGGUCGACUGGGGGAGCUGCUGUUGUAGAUGAGCAGAUAUCUAGUAUUAAGGCUCAGCUUUCAAUGGUCAUUGGGGUUGGUCACUGAGGUCCCUCUUGAGAGAACAGGGGAAAAUGAAGGAAAAGCAAAGGGAGAGGCAUGGGGCCCAUUUCUUUCAGAGUCAGUGACCAUUGAAUGCUGAGCUUUAAUAGUACUAAUGCCAGUACGUCGAGCUCGAGUAGUUCUUUUAGUACGACAUCCACCAUGGAACAACAUCAUCGUCGCAGGGACUCCGUCGAUUUCCUAAUUUGGCGAGGGCAACUACCAGAGAAAAUUCUAGGUUCCGACAAUUAUCUUGCGCCUUCGACUAUAUCUGGUGCCGGAUUUGGUGUCUUUGCCGGACGUGAUUACCGCAAAGGCGAACCCGUGGAAAUAAACCCCUUCUUGCGGAUGCACGACGCAAAAACGAUAGACACCGAAGUAGAUGCCUACAAGUUUGACGAUUUCACUUACGUUCCGGAAUUUUUACCGUGUUCUUCGGCGUGCGAGGAUGAGGCUAUGCUGGGAGACGCUGCAGGGGAGCUGAAGAGUCCAUUAAGGGAAGGAGAAGAUUUUUAUGCGUGGUGUGGACUUGAUGAAUACCACACAGGCAUUAUUCUUAGCUCAGAGAUCAUGAUGAUGAUGAUCAUGAUGAUGAUGAUGUCUCUUGGCAACACCUGCAACUGCUUUUAGCUGUAAGGGUCAUCAAGAACCUUCCUCUCGUCAGCUCUAACACUGCGCAAAACGAGGAACGCGAAUAAUCACAGCCUGAUUAUUAUGGGAUUCGGAAGCUACAUGAACCAUAUGGAGAAGGGUUACAACGUGGACUCUGGAUACUACAUAAAGCGCUUUGCGCUUUUCAAGGCGCUAAGGGACAUAAAAAAAGAUGAAGAACUUUUUAUCAAUUAUGGGACCAAUUAUCGGUAUACGUGGAAGUAGUGGCUGUAGUAGCUUGCUUUGUCGUGUGGGACUGAUGUACAGAGAAGUUGAAGACUCUCAACACUGAUAAAAAUCUCUUUGCUGCUUUAGCUUUUGCUGCUUUCGGUGCACAAGCACAUCUCAACACCGAUAAAAAUCUCUUUGCUGCUUUUGCUGCUUUCGGUGCACAAGCACAUCUCAACAGUGAUAAAAAUCUUUUUGCUGCUUUCGUGCGCGAGACAACGGAUAGAAGAAAGGAAACACCAGGCGUGUGUGGGAAUUAUCUCCGUUCAUCCCUUAAUAUCGCUUGCGCUUCCGAUCUAAUG